CGGAAUUUAAGCCUAGUUUUGUUCUCGAUUCAAUGUAAUUGAUUUAUAUUUUUGAAAUAUGAAAUGCUGAUUUUAUCUCCUUUUAAAGUAUUGAAAUUAUUUGUGAAUUGCAGUUAAAAUCAUUUAAUUUAUUCAAGAAAAGAUGAACAAAUUUAGUUAUUUUCAAUUUGUUUCAAUAUUUUUCAUUUUGACAAGUGAAGUAAAAUGUAGUUCUUUGAAUUGUGACUUCAAUUCAAAUGAUUGUGCUUGGUUUACACUCGGCUAUUCGAUUUCUACUUGGACAUAUACUGGUUUCCAAAUUGAUGAUGCUCACGGAGGUUACCUUCAAAUUCCGAAAAAACCUACAAGCGAUAUAGACCAAUGGGCAUCAACAAGUGGAUUAUCACAAUUAACUACUUCCGUGCACAAUCUAUGGUACAUUCCUCAAUCAGGAUGUUUUACAUUUUCUUAUCGAUUCUAUACAACAACCGACAGCAAGCUCACUUUAACUCUUGAACAAAGCUUUGGUGAAAAAAUGGUACUUUGGGAUAUUAAAGGUGAACAAUCGAUCGAUUGGUCCAAGGCAUCAGUUUAUAUUGAUAGUUCUAAUGCUGAGUUCCGCUUAGAUUUUACUGCUUCCAUUACUUUGAAAAACUCUCUCGGUUUACAGGCUGAUUGGAUUGUAUCUCUGGAUGACUUCACUUUCGUCAAUGAUAAAUGUUUGGACCCGCCUCAGAAAGUGAAUGCUAAAAUAGAGGAUACUUUAACAGAUGAGAUAGCUGAUAUCGGGAAAAAUAUUUAUACAAGUGGACCUGUUGAUAUCAAAGAAUUGGUCUGCUUCAGUUUCACCUAUUUUUACACCAUAACAAAUUCGCAAAAUGUUGGUAGUCUUUUGAUCAUGUUAGAGACAAUGUCUUCUGAUGGUAAACAAGCGGUGAAACCUAGAGAAAUACUUCCAAUAGAAAAAAUUCCUUUACAUCGAGAAUUGUCAUUGAAUCGAAACCAUUUUGAAAGGACAAUAGUCGUUGAUCGAAAAUCUUUUUAUACUAUUUCGUUGGCUUAUGCAGAAGAAACUCAUUCAUCUGUAGUUCUAGUCGAUGAUGUCGCUAUCAAAAUGGAACGCUGCCCAAAUGAAUCACCUAAACAGGAGACGGACACAACUGUGGUUUUGCCUCAAACUGAAACCCCACCAUCCACAACCACGGAAUGCUGCAUAACUGAGCCUUGUAUUUGUGUUCAAUCUACUCCUGAAAUGCCUACUUUUAAUCCGUCUAGGCUAACAACAUUUGUGACUCAUUCAAAAAUCUCUGCUGUACCGACAUCUACGAUUAAAAUUGAUCAAGAAAUAAGCUCAACACCGAUAACUCAAACUGAACAUACAAUUUCUGAAGAAAGUACAACUCAUUCAACAGAAGUGCUGUCAACUAGAGAUCAAUCAACAACAUUCGAUUCUUUGUCCUCUACCCAAACAACUGUUCAUUCACAAACUAAUGAAACACCUCUCGAAGAGGUAACAAGCUCUUCAUCAGAACUCCAGUCAACACUUAUGGAUCACAUUAUAUCCACAACUGCUGAACCAUCACCUGAAAAAACACAAUUCACAAAUAGCACUGAAGCUGUUGUAACUACGACUGACCAAAAUGAUGAACCAUUCGAAUCAUCAACUAAAAUCAUUUCGACUACAGAUCAUCAAAAUUUUGAACCAAAUUCUAAUACAACCCAAGCCCCUCAAGUGAUCCAUGACCCUCUAACCGAAGAACAUAACAAUAGAACUGAUCCAUUUGAUGCAAUAAAUUUUGGCAAUUUAGGAUUGAAUUUGAUCACAAUAUUUAAAUUUUUCUUUGGGGAACGCUCAUUCAUCGCUUCUUUGAGUGGACUUGCCGGUUUAUCCAUCCUUAUGAUUAGUAUUUUAAUUUUAGCUCUAAAUUGGAAAAAACAAAGUGAAGUUCGACCACGUGAACUGGUCGUCUCAGCUGCUAAUGGCGAAUUGGAAUUAAAUACUUACACAUUUCGACGUCGAACCAUAACUCUAAGUCGUCUAGAAGAUAUGUCAAACUCUAAGCCACCGUUGAAACUCCCAAAAGGCGAAAAUGUUUAACGUCAUUAGGUACCCAUUUCAUGUAUCAUAUUAAUUUACACAUGUGAUCUUAAAAUCAGUUCGAUCUCAUUACUUUAUAAAAAUUACUAAAUAUUGUUGAAUUUUGUUUUUAGUGACUCAAUGAAUAUUAUCUAUUAAUACAUAAUUCGAGUUAGAA